CUGACCAGGAAACAAACACGGACUCCCUGCCUUGGGACCACAGGAGUCUUAGUCACUGGACCACCAGGGAAGACCCCAUUUCUGUCUUUAUCUGUGCCUGUUUCAACUUUUGAAGUGACCCCAUGCCUCUUCUCCUGCAGAUAGAUCUCUCCUACCUUCUGGGGCUUCACCCACAUUCCACCUCUUUUGGGAAGCACCCCCUUGAUUUUUGUGAUCCCGCCCCCAACUCAGCCUCCUCUCAUCUUGUGUUCAUCGUAGCCCUCCGUGUUAUCUGCUAUUCUGCAGGAUGGAGGCUGAUCUGUCUGACUUUAACAUCGAUGCCCCCCGUUGGGACCAGUGCACUUUCCUGGGGCGGGUGAAGCACUUCUUCAAUAUUACGGACCCCCGCACGGUCCUGGUACCAGAGCGGGAGCUAGACUGGGCCAAAGUGAUGGUGGAGCAGAGCAGGAUGGGGACUGUGCCCCCGGGCACCCAGGUGGAGCAGCUUUUCUAUGCUAAGAAGCUGUACGACUCAGCCUUCCACCCUGACACUGGGGACAAGAUGAACGUCAUUGGGCGGAUGUCCUUCCAGGUCCCCGGUGGCAUGAUCAUCACGGGCUUCAUGCUCCAGUUCUACAGGACGAUGCCGGCAGUGAUCUUCUGGCAGUGGGUGAACCAGUCCUUCAAUGCCUUAGUCAACUACACCAACAGGAAUGCGGCUUCCCCCACAUCGGUCAGGCAGAUGGGUGUUUCCUACAUCACAGCCACCACCACUGCAGUGGCCACUGCUGUGGGCAUGAACAUGUUGACAAAGAGAGCUCCGCCCCUGGUCGGCCGCUGGGUGCCCUUUGCUGCCGUGGCUGCAGCCAACUGUGUCAACAUCCCCAUGAUGCGCCAGCAGGAACUCAUCCAGGGAAUCUGUGUGAAGGACAGGAACCACAAUGAGAUCGGUCAUUCCCGGAGAGCUGCAGCCAUAGGCAUCACUCAAGUGGUUAUUUCUCGGAUCACAAUGGCAGCCCCUGGCAUGAUUCUGCUGCCGGUCCUCAUGGAAAGACUGGAGAAGCUGCGCUUCGUGCAGAGAAUCCGGGUUCUGCACGCGCCUUUGCAGGUUCUGCUGUCCGGAUGCUUUCUCAUCUUCAUGGUGCCAGUGGCGUGUGGGCUGUUCCCGCAGCAAUGUGAAUUGCCGGUUUCCUAUCUGGAACCCAAGCUCCAGGACACCAUCAAGGCCAAGUACAGAGAACCUGUGCCUUAUGUCUACUUCAAUAAGGGCCUCUGAAGGCCUUACCCCAGCACAGACCAGUCCAUACACCAGCUCCUCCUCAUCUGCUGUGGAUUCCUGUACCUCAUUCCUCUUUGCCGGCAGGGCCUGCAGGCCAGCGUGGAUUUGGCUGCGGGAGGGUGGCAGUGGGAGGAUGCCUCAUGCUUCUACCCAGGUAUCUGGGUUUAUUGGACUCCAGGGGAUAAAAGCAACCAAGGGGAGAGAGGCCAAGGCUUCUAUCUGCUCUCCCCGAACCCCCAUCUCCUGGAGACCAGGAGCUAAGACCCCUGCUCAGGGAGAAGGUAUUAGGUCCUGAGGGUGACACUCAAGUAAACCAUCUGGAAAAAUUAGGAAACCUGGGAUUCUGGUUCCAGCUGGGGUUGAGGAAGGGCCCCUCCUUGUCUGUUCUCAGACAAGGGCACCCUUCCCGCCAGGAGGGGGUGUGGUUCUGGCUCCCUCAGGAAGAAGGAGGGGAGAGGCUGGGCCACCUUGGACCUCCUCUUUGCUCUUGCCCACUUCCCUCCUCAGGGUCCCCUGGGCAGAAAGCUUCUUUGGGAGUCUUGCUAAACUUGAGAGUUUUUAUCAGGCACCCAGGAGUUUUUAGUGUAAAGCACUGCCCUCCCCACCCCACCCCCCAAAAAAAAACAGGACAUAGUGAGGCAACAGAGUUUUCAUGGUGCUUCAAACCCUGUCUGUUGACACUGGCUUUGUUCUCCUAAAAUCAUAUCUGAUUCUGCUUCUCUGUGUCUGAAAGAUAAAACCACUGACUGUGAGUAAAAAGGACGUAGGUAAGCAUUAACUGCAUGUUUUAGUGGGUAUAAUUUCCUGGCUGCCUCCCUUCCUCAGCCUAUUUGGUUAAACACCAAAGAAAGACUGGUGUGGACUGAAUAGGAAAGGGAAGUUUUAUUUGGACGCCUCUGAGAGGAAACCAACCAGGACCAAAGAGCCUUAAAGGACACACAGCUAAGUGCAGCCACUCACCCUUCCCUGCCAGGGUGCUCUAGGUUAUUUUGGAAGCGUUUGAGGGAGAGGGGGCUGCUGUAGCCAACCUGGGGCCAAUGUCUAUGAGUUUUGUCUAGUAGAAUUUACUGACUGAUCAGAGAGUAUCACUGUCAAUCGAAUACAUUUCUUGAAAGAGCACAAUGAACUGUCUGCACACUGAGUUAAUAAAACCCAGACGGAAAGCAA